CCCAUCUGGAUUGGUUAAUGUCGGUUUGUGUAGCAGAGGUGCAGCCCAUGACAACCUCUCAAAUAGGUCUCACCCUACUUUAAAAAAAAAGUUGUUUUCAUGAAUUAGCUGGUAAAAGAUUAAUGUGACUGCACUUUGUUGGCGUCUCAGUGUAGUUGCCGCGCGGAGUCGGCGGAGAGCAGCGAGCGCUCCCUUUCCGUCCGAUCGCUUCAUGUGACACCGAUCCGUCACAGCGGCUGACAGGGAGCCGCCAAACUGCAACACUCCUGGGAUUAUUGUUCAUUUGGCAACAUGUCUCUGUACCGAAAUGCCGUCUGGUUUUUGAAUGGAAUCCACCAAUACACCAGAAAAGGAUAUGAGGCGGCCUUCAGAGACUUUGAGCCCCAAGACCUGGAUGUGUCCGUGGUGGGACGGUCUUUCAUGAUCACCGGAGCCAACAGUGGAAUUGGCCGGGCGACAGCCAUGGCUAUAGCCAAGAAAGGUGGGACCGUCUACAUGGUUUGUAGGAACAAAGAUAAAGCAGAAGAGGCCAAGUUGGACAUUGUCAGUGAGUCAGGCAACUCGGAGGUGCACAUCCACAUUGUGGACAUGUCAGAGACACAGAAGGUCAGGGAGUUCGCCGAGGCCUUCAAGAGGCAGUAUCCAGCCUUGAACGUGUUGAUAAAUAACGCGGGCUGCAUGGUGCACAAGAGGGAGCUGAAUGCCGAGGGCCUGGAGAAGAACUUUGCCACCAACACUAUGGGGGUGUACAUCCUCACGGAGACUCUCAUGCCACUUCUACAGAAGAGCCGGGACCCAAGGGUGAUCACUGUGUCCUCAGGAGGCAUGCUGGUCCAGAAACUCCGAGUCGAUGACUUGCAGUCAGAGAAGGGCGACUUUGACGGCGUCAUGGUGUACGCGCAGAACAAGAGGCAGCAGGUGGUGCUGACACAGCAGUGGGCCAAGGCCAACCCAGUCAUUCUAUUUUCUUCAAUGCAUCCUGGCUGGGCAGACACUCCAGCUGUUUCCACAUCAAUGCCUCAGUUCCACCAGAUGAUGGGCGACAGGCUGCGCAGCGUGGAGCAGGGAGCCGACACCGUUGUGUGGUUGGCGCUGUCCAGAGCUGCGGGCAGAAUGCGCAGCGGCCAGUUCUUUCAAGAUCGCACGCCUGUUGCAGCUCACCUGCCUCUGGCCUGGACUCAGAGUUCUGCUGAAGAAGUUCAGGGCUUCAUGACUCAGCUGGAGACUUUGGCCAGAGCCUACCUUCAAAACGCGGCGUAGAUUUUAACGCUCCUUCACCGCCUCAACGGCUCUCAAUAGUCUGAUACAAAUGUUACACCACGUGGAAGUGACCCAAUAAAGCAUUAAGAUCAAUUUUUGAAAUAAAA